UUAUGUGGAGAAACCGACUUAAACUUUAAAAUAGUUAUAUUUUACGGUCAAAAGAUACAUGAAAACUCUCAUUAUAUGUACUGAGUACAAAAUCAUAUGAAUUGUACCUUUUUGUAAAUAUUAUCAGGAUACCCGAUCCUGAUGUGCUCUAUUUAAAAUAGCCAGUUUUAAAUGGAAGAAUUGGUUGGAACGGGUAAAUGAAAGCGGUUCAGACAACACCUGUCAAAAGUUCCAGCAAUCUGACAAUCGACAAUAUACAGGGAAAACAGAAGUGCAAUGUGAACUGAAUACGCCAGAAAAGAUAUUUUGACAAACACAGACUCCUAGACUCUGGAUUUUUUCGUGAUAUAUAGAUAUAUCCUGAGUGCAUUAAGCCAGACAUGGCAGGCAACUACUAUUUUGUGAUUGUUGGUCACCAUGAUAACCCUGUGUUUGAAAUGGAUUUUGUUCCUCAAAGCAGAGCCAAUGAACCAAAGAAAGAUGAUCACCGUCACUUAAAUCAGUUUGUGGCUCAUGAAGCUCUAGACCUUGUGGAUGAACAGAUGUGGACCACAAACAACAUGUACCUUAAGAUUGUAGACAAAUUUAACGAAUGGUUUGUCUCAGCUUUCGUCACAGCAAGUCGCAUGAGGUUUAUGAUGUUGCAUGAUAUGAAAAAUGAAGAUGGAAUUCGAAAUUUCUUUACAGAAAUGUAUGAAAUUUACAUCAAGCAUUCCAUGAAUCCAUUCUACGAAACAAACAAGCCUAUUGAGUCACAGAGUUUUGAAAAGAAAUGCCAGUUAUUUGGAAGACGAUAUUUAAUUGGAUAAGAGACAUUAUAUAGUCACAUUAAGGAGUAAAAUGGUCCAUUUAGGGUGAAAUGAAUGUCAGAUGUUUCUGAGUGUGAGCACGAGAGGUUUAUUAUUUUAAACAUGUCUUGAAUCAUGUACAUUUUAUAAUGACAGGGGUCAUUUGACGUUGUAUAUUAAAGGAAAUCUGAUAAAAUGCAAAACAAGACUCUAGGAUACCAAACUUUGGACAUAGAACUGCUUUAUAGAUCAUCAUUGCCAGGCAUGAUUGGGAGCUAGGCCCUUUAGAGAUCCUUAUAACCCUAUCUUUGGAAAAUGAGUUUAUCAAUACAAAUCAUUGCCAUACAGAUACAUUCCUAUUGAUGGAGGAUUAGGAGUUUAUAAUAUAAUUUUUAUUACUAAGAUGGUUUUACAAACAGCCAAUCAAUGUAGAACUUUAGUCUACAUCUGUAGUAUAUUUACAGGAGUAUUAAAGUUCAUUGCUAAUACUCAGAGUGAUUAUAAAUGUUUUGGAUAUUGAUCUAUAGACAGUAUUAUUAACAGUGAGUAAUCAAUGUGUUGUAAUUCCUGAUCAUUGCUGUCCUAGUUUAGUAGUAUGUCUCUUUCAUACCGACUAACAAAAAUGUAUUAAAAAUUAUCUCCUAAUACUUUUAUAUCCCUAAUAUUUCUAUAUCAGUCCAGUCAAAGAUCCCUUUUCUUUUCUAUGCUGUGUUACAGAAGUGAAAUGUGCAAUAAAAUGUUAAUUAGAUAGUUUCUAAAUUUAAUUAAAAAGCUUGUAUUCUGUAACUCAACACAAUAAAUAAUUUCAAUUCAAAA